AUGCUGAAUUGUGGUGGCUUCGUCGGAGCAUUCCUCCUCUGCUGUGCCUGCGCGCUGCUGAUCGUCGCCUCUAUCUCUUCCCCUGUCUACCGGCAAAUCUCCUUCUUGGACGUCUACAUAUCCGGACAACACCUCACCUUCGGAGUCUUCGGCUACUGCGUGGAUAGCGGCUGCUCCGCUCGUCAAAUAGGGUACGAGCUACCAGCGAUUGCGUCCUACCUUGGCAUCUCGGCAUCGUCGAAUAGUACCGUCAGUACCGUUCUGAACUUGACGAAAGCUCUCGUCCUGCAUCCUGUAGCAGCUGGACUUGCCUUCCUCGCUUUCAUAGUCGCCCUCUUGUCGGACCACCUCGGCUACCUCCUGUCCUCCUUCAUCGCCUUGCUCGCUUUCGUCGCCUCGGCCGUAGCCCUCGGCUUUGACUUUGCCCUCUUCACCGUCGCCAAGAAUGAGCUGUACAAGAAUAGUUCCAGUCUAGGAGGAGACGUGUCGGCCAGCUAUGGCACGGCGAUCUGGCUCACUCUGGCGGCGACGGUGUUGUUGUUCUUGUCAACUUUCGCAGUGUGUUUCGGCUGUUGUGCUCAUAGGCGGAGUAGUAGAUACUAG